AUGAAGGGCCAGCCGAAGGUCUGGGACGACGCCACGUCGCCGUAUGUGGCGCGCGGCUCGCCCAAACGCAGCCCCGUGCGCCUGGCGAGACUCAAGAUGCUGCAGUGCGCCAUCAACACGCGCAACUGCGACGUCCGGGACUACUCGGCCGAAGACGCGAGCCCGCGGUCGGAGAGACGCAUCAACCGACUCGAAGGCUCGCAGGACGAGAUGCUGGAGACGAUGGGGCCGCUGGGAGGACUCAUGGGCCCAUUGUCACGAGGGACGGAGCCCCCUCGCAAGCAGAGGAAGCUCUUACACGCGUCCUAUCGCGCUGGAGAGAAGGUGGCGGCGAGUGUGGAGGACCGAGGGUACUAUCGCCUGAGUGACCGGAUCGGAGCGUUCUAUACACAGUCAGCACGGACGCUCACGAUCGAGAAGAUCUCUACUUUCACAAAGAGGGAGGCACACAUGCCCGUGACCUUCACCAAGUCGCCACUGAGAUCGCCGUCGUUGCGUCCCAUGGCAGUGUGUCCGGUGCUCGAGCGGGGAUCACCGAAUAGAUCGUCCCUUUCCCUCGGUGAGAAGCAAGAGGACGGCUCUAUCUCUCCACGAGAGGAAACAACGGAUGGGGAGCAGCUUAGUGUGUACGUGGAAGGAUCGAGAGCUUACGCCCGGCAUGUGGAAAAUAGUCAGGGUAUCUUCCGCUCUCCGUCUCCUACGAAACCUCGCCACCGGAGCCCCAAGGCGCGGACUAAGUUUUCUCUGGACGUGAACGAAAACAAAACGAGCAAGCAGCUCCAGCUUGAACCGGUGCAGGCUACCCCAAGAACGUUUGAAAUGGAGAAGCGCCGCUACGUGAAGACGAUGGAGGCGUACUGGAAGCAGGUGGAUCAGUAUCUGGCUGCUGCUAGAACCGUGCCUAUGGCCCCGGAUCGCCCCCAUCGCAUUCUUAGACGUCUCCAAGUACCACCGCCAACUGGAUUGGAUGCUGAGGGCCUGCAGACUUUUGAUGAUCGAAGUGAAGCCAUGAUCGCCGAGAUUUUCCAGGAAGUGUACGCAGACUACUACGAGACUGUUGCGCGGAGCAUGCUCUCAUACGAUCUUCUGGACGCGAACACAUGCCUGAAAAUGAACAUUUACCCUCCGUUUCUACAAGCAGAGCAGAAAUGGUGGACAGACGAGAUGUACCAGUCGGACGCGUGGCGGGUUCUGCGCCAAACCGGAAUCGACAGUUUUCGAGCGGAACUAGCACGAAGUCGAAUUCAGCAAUACCUGUUUGCUAUCAACCCAGUAACUUACGCUCUCCAGGAACAGUGGAUUAUGGAGAUACCGCCGCCUGAAUGGGAAAUGUCGACGACUGGAGGAGGGACUACUUUCUCGACGAUCCUUUUCGUUGACGUUUAUAGUCCCGAGUUUCGGGCGACAUUGCCGAAAACCGUUGAUCACUUUGUAGACGCGAUCUCCAGACGCGCGGAUCUCGUGAAGGAUUGUUUGAAGACGUGCUGGGUUUCUGCUGCGGCGAAGAGAGUAAAUGAGUGCGCACUGCAUUUGCAUUACUAUGCUAUCCGCACCAGUGCCAAUCCAGCGGAAAACACGGUUGUACCUGGAGCGGCAGGGGCAGUACGAAGUGUUGCUGUUAGCAAUCGCGCGUCUCCCUCUAAAUCCAAAGGUGACCCAUCGCGAGGAUCACCGGGUCAUGAAGCGCACAACAAACUUCUACGAGACCGAUUGGAGUUUGAGGGGCUAGUCCAGAAACCCCAGCCAGAUCGACUGGGUACUUCAAGCGCCAAUUCCGAAGACCCCGAAGCAGCUUUGUACCAAAACUUUGUCGGUGUUCUCGACGCAGCGGCGGUCUUGAUGGCAAGGAAUUUGAGGGAAUCUGUUGAAGCGUCGGUGAAUACGUUCGUUGGAUUCAUUCGACAGUUUUCGAACCCUACGUUCAAUGGCGAAUCUGCGCUGCUUCUGUCUGUGGACUGCACUAUCAUCAGCGACGGAACCGUGAGAACGCAAGACGGCUUUUUCAUUGAGCCUUCGCCUAAUGCGUUGCGCGAGAAGAUUGCAUCCUGUGUCGACAUCAUUGUCGAGUCCUCUCACAAUUUCCCUCGGAUUGACGGCCAAACGAAAAUUCCUUCGAAGCUACGUAAUUCAGCCACACUUGGUCCAAGUACAAUGGCACUCGACGACACUUUUGUCGUAAAAGCGAAAAACGCUUUGGCUGAGCUUAUCGCAGAGCACAUGCACGACCCGACCGAGAUCCUAGCGCUGUUCCAGCCCUAUGACUACCUUAUCAAUGGGGAAUAUGAGGUUAAACUUGAGGCGUUGAUUGAAUCAAGUGAUAAACUUUUGCGUGGGGAAGGAACGACGGAGCCUAAGACGGCCAAUGAUAUACUUUUGGUGUACCGUCACGAGCUCAAUGAGCUGAAGGUUCUGGAAAGCCGCGUGAAGGACGAGAUCUGUGACAAAUACAGCUUCAAGCUCUUGGCAAUUUCGUGUACCGAUGUGAAAGUCAAGCUAGUGAACAAGAUCAAAGCCCAUGCGAACAAAGUUCUGAGUAAAGUGUCAGCCGACAAUACCAAACAGAUGAGCUCGAUGAUCGCAGAGUAUGAGCAAAUUGGGGCAAAGCUGGUGACGGAACCAUUGGACUCUUUCGAGCUGAAGGCACUUGACAAGUUCUACGUCACGAGCAUUGAGCUCAUCGAUGUCUUGAACACCAAAUUUUACGACGAUGUGUGUCGCUGCAUUCAGUUUCUCAAGGAUUUCGACUUUCAAAUGGCUCGCGAGGAGAUCCAACUCUUUUUCAACACAUUUCGUUGGCCAGAGAACAUUAAAGGGUUCCAGCGGAAAAGUAUGGAGCUCCAGACCAAGCGGCAACACGAGUUGGAGCUUAUUGUUGAGGGCCGCCAAGAGCAGCUCUCGAGCCAGUUUUCGUCCUUGCAACGUCGUAUUGAGAAAAUGCGAGAUUAUGCGAACCUGGCGGACUCGGAGAGUAUUCUGAAGCGUAUCGAGGCGGCGCGGAAAUCCCUUGAAGAUGCCGAAGCUGAGGCUGAGUCCAUCAAAGAGCAAGAAGCGAUGCUGGGUAUGAGCAUCACGAAUAACCAGACCGCCUUGACAGAUCUGUACGACAUGCUCAACCCCAUCGAGAAGUUGUGGUCUACUAUCUCUCAGACAAUGGAGAAGGUGACGUUUAGUCGUGAGGCUCCGCUAGCGACUGUGAAUGCUGAAGAGAUAGAGCGCGACUGUGACCAGUUCCGCCGCACUAUCGUGAAGAUCAUUAAGGAGUGUGAAAAGAAUACCGACGUGUACGCGGUGGCAAUCACGAUGGCUCAGGAGGUGAAGAAAACGCUGGAUGAUAUGCUUGAUAACAUUAUUCCGCUGAUGGUGCUGCUGUGCACCCCCGGCAUUCGCGACCGUCACUGGGAAGAGAUUGAACGCAUCACGGGCAUUGAGGUCCAAGUUCACGAGGGAUCGAAUAUCAAUCAGAUGAUAGAGCUCGGCUUGCACCGCUUCACGGGCGCAAUCGAAGAAACCUGUGUCAGUGCUUCGAAGGAGUACUCAUUAGAGAAAGCGCUCGACAAAAUGGAGACGGAGUGGGUGGGCAUCAACUUUUCCACGAAGGAGUAUCGGUCAACAGGCACCUCUAUCCUGUGCUCUACAGAUGAAAUCCAGCAAAUUAUCGACGACCAGAUCGUCAAGACCCAGUCCAUGCGUGGAAGUCGGUAUAACAAGCCGUACUUCGAGCGAAUCAGCAAGUGGGAGAAAAUGCUCAUCUCAAUCCAAGAUAUCAUGGAUAACUGGAUUAAGGUGCAAGCAACGUGGCUGUACCUCGAACCAAUCUUUAGUUCGGAUGAUAUUAUGCGGCAAAUGCCGACCGAAGGUGCUCUUUUCCGCAAAGUCGACUCGAACUGGCGUCGCAAUAUGCAAGAAACGGUUGCAUCCCCUGCUGUUCUGACGGUGGCAGAGCGUAGCGACUUGCUACCGAGUUUGCAACAGUCUAACAUGGACUUGGACACGAUUCAGAAAGGCCUGAACGACUACUUGGAGACGAAGCGACUAUACUUCCCGCGUUUCUUCUUCUUGUCUAACGACGAGCUACUGGAAAUCCUUGCCGAAACGAAAGACCCACUGCGUGUCCAGCCCCACCUCAAGAAAGCCUUCGAUGGAAUUUCUCAGCUUGAGUUCCAGGACAAUUUGGAUAUCACCGCAAUGCUUAGUCCGGAGAUGGAGAAAGUGCCCUUCCGGUAUGAGAAGAUUUCGCAAAAUCUCAUCAAUCCGAACAACUCUGGAGGAAAUGUCGAGGUCUGGCUGGAGGAGGUUGAAAUGACUAUGAAAAAGAGCGUUGCCUUCCAUUUGGAUGGAUCUAUCAUGGAUUACCCGACCAAAGACAGAUUAGAGUGGGUACAGCAGUGGCCCGGACAAGUGGUUCUGGCUGUGAACCAAACGAUGUGGACCCAACAGAGCGAGAAAGCACUCAAUGAGUGCGAAAAGGAUCCUAACGCGUUAAGUAACCACUUGGAAGUGCUCAGGACAGAGCUUAAGCGAACUGUUGAGAUGGUCCGCGGUGAACUACCGAAGCUUAUUCGUAUUACUCUCGGAGCACUUGUGGUUAUGGAUGUGCACAACCGAGACACAAUCGCUGAGCUGGUUGACCUGAAGAUCACGGAUAAAUCCGACUUCGAUUGGCUUGCUCAACUGCGGUACUACUGGAUCCAAGGCGGUGUCUCGGCGACAACUGGCAAGCCGCAUACACUCGAAUGCCGAAUGAUCAACACAUUGGCUCUGUACGCGUUUGAGUACCUAGGAAACAGCAUGCGCUUGGUGAUCACUCCGCUGACGGAUAGGUGCUACCGAACUCUAACGGGGGCGAUUCACCUUAACCUUGGUGGUGCGCCGGAGGGUCCUGCUGGUACUGGCAAGACCGAGACGACAAAAGAUCUUGCGAAAGCAAUCGCUAUCCAGUGCGUGGUUACCAAUUGCUCUGACGGUCUCGAUUAUCUUGCAAUGGGGAAAUUCUUCAAGGGACUCGCAAGUUCUGGCGCAUGGGCGUGCUUCGAUGAGUUCAAUCGUAUUCAGUUGGAGGUGCUGUCGGUGAUCGCCCAACAGAUUCUUUGCAUUCAACUGGCAAAGGCACAGAACCUGGCAAGCUUUAUCUUCGAGGGCACUGAGCUACGACUCAACCCAACGUGCUGUCCUUUCAUCACGAUGAAUCCUGGGUAUGCAGGGCGAGCAGAACUGCCUGACAACUUGAAGGUGCUCUUCCGAACUGUGGCGAUGAUGGUGCCGGAUUAUGCCAUGAUUGCAGAGAUCAUGCUCUACUCUUACGGCUAUAUGGAUGCUAGCGCUCUGUCCAAGAAAAUCACGACGACGUAUACUCUAUGCUCUGAGCAGUUAUCAUCCCAAUCUCACUACGACUACGGAAUGCGAGCCGUCAUGGCUGUGCUCCGAGCCGCGGGUAACUUGAAGCGUGCAGAGGGACAUUUGCGUGAAGAUACACUGGUGCUACGAUCCAUCAUCGACGUCAACUUGCCCAAGUUUUUAUCUCCUGAUGUUCCUCUGUUCAAUGGUAUCGUGUCGGAUCUGUUCCCUGGCGUGACUAUCGACCCACCCGACCGAGCCGACAUGCUGAACUCGAUUAACCAUGUGUGCAAACAAAUGAACUUACAGCCCGUGCCGAACUUUGUGGAGAAGGUGAUCCAGAUCUACGAGAUGAUGAUCGUGCGACACGGCUUCAUGGUUGUAGGAAUGCCGUUCUCAGGGAAGACGUGCUCGUGGCGGGUUCUAUCCGAAGUGCUAGCUCACUUACACCAGCAGUUCCCCAACGACCAUCGCUAUACCAAUGUCAUCGUAUCCGUGAUCAACCCAAAGUCCGUGACGAUGGGGCAGCUUUAUGGUCAAUUCGAUGCCGUCUCCCACGAAUGGAAUGACGGCGUGCUCGCCAUCAACUACCGCAACUUGGCUAAUAACCCUUCGCCGGAUCGUAAAUGGCUUAUGUUCGAUGGCCCUGUUGAUGCUGUCUGGAUCGAAAACAUGAACACCGUGCUCGACGACAAUCGUAAGUUGUGUUUGAUGAGCGGCGAGAUUAUUGCGAUGAGCACGGUCAUGAGUAUGAUGUUCGAGCCGAUGGACUUGCUGGUUGCAUCACCUGCGACAGUGUCUCGUUGUGGUAUGAUUUACAUGGAACCAGAGCAGCUAGGCUGGAUUCCGGUGCUUAAUUCAUGGCUAGACUCAAUCACAGUGCCAGAAGGAAGCAAGGAGCCCCCGUUCGGUCCGUUUGAGAUCAACAGCGAGCAGCGAAGCCUCAUCUUUUUCCUGUUCUCGUGGCUAGUUGAACCAUGCAUCGCGUUUGUCAGAAAAGAACUGGUUGAACUCUCCCCUACCGUUGAUACCAACCUCGUCCAGAGUCUCAUUUACAUCUUUGAGGCGCAGUUGUGCAAGCUUCCAAAGGAUGCAGCGUCUAAGAAGAAAGCAACCAUCGAAGCUCUAUUCAUGUUUUCGCUUACUUGGUCAGUUGGCGAGACCAUUAAUUCCGAAGGCCGGACCCGAUUCUGUGAGUUCGUUCGCUCCAUCAUGGAAAAUAUUCAGACACUGGAGAGCAAGUACAUCGUGGUGAGCCGCGCACUCCAGGUGCGCAAGUGGGAGAAACCUGCUUUCGACGACGGCAAAAAUACGUACGCACUGGCCCUCCCAAUGCCUAACAAGGGCAACCUGCACGACUACUACUUUAACAUCGAAGAGAGCAAGUGGAUGAAGUGGGAGGAGAUGCUUAAAGCGUAUGUGAUUCAGCCCAACACACCGUUCAACCAGAUCGUAGUACCGACAAUCUUCACGGCGCAAUUAGAGUAUCUGGUGCAGCUUCUCGUGUCCAACAAGAGGAGGGUGCUUGUUUGCGGUCCUACAGGAACGGGGAAGUCUUGUUACAUGACCUCUAUCUUGAAUGAGGUGCUGCCUCAGGACCAGAACUCUGUGAUCAUGUUGUCAUUCUCUGCGAAAACGUCAGCGAACAUGACUCAGAAUAUUAUUGACGGGAAGCUGGACAAGAGACGCAAGGGUGUGUUCGGCCCCCCUCUGGGCAAGAACGCUAUCGUAUUUGUCGACGACCUGAAUAUGCCACUAGUGGAGACGUAUGGUGCCCAGCCACCCAUCGAGUUGGUGAGACAGCUUAUCGAUAGUGAAGGCUAUUACGACCUGAAGGAAAUGUCAUGGCGGAAAAUUGUCGACACUAUCGUGCUAGCUGCAAUGGGACCCCCCGGCGGAGGAAGAAACCACGUGACUCCUCGACUGCUUCGGCACUUCAACCUGCUGUGCUUUUCCGAGUUUGAUGAUACGACGCUCACACGCAUCUUCACCACGAUUCUGGACUGGUACUUUGGCUCUAAUCCGUUCAUCCCAGAGGUGAAGCGGCUCUCAGAGGCGGUUGUAUCAGCGACACUAGAGCUGUAUCAAUCUGCUAUGACUGCUCUACUUCCUACUCCCAAAAAGUCCCAUUACACAUUUAACCUUCGUGACUUCUCUCGAAUUGUUCAAGGAAUUAUGCUCGUAGUGCCCAACGACCAAUUCAACGCUAACAGUCUGGUGAAGCUUUGGGUGCACGAAUCUCUUCGUGUGAUUGGUGACCGUUUGAUCGAUGAUGAAGACCGCGAGUGGUUUAAUGACGUGCAAAAGAAAAUCACCAUCAAGCACUUCGCGACGAACUUUGACAAGGUGUUUACGAGCCUUAAACGAGGGCGUGAGGGCCCAGUCUCGGCUGUUGACAUGCGAAAUCUGUUCUUUGGUGACUACAUGGACCCUGAUGCCAGCCCGAGGCUCUAUAAGGAGGUGGAUGUUCGCUUGGACACCGACUUUGACGGCAUCGCUCAGCUCAUUCAGUGUCUGGACGGCUACUUGACCGAAUACAAUGGCAUCAGCCGCAAGCCCAUGAAUCUCGUGAUGUUCCUGUUUGCUAUUGAGCAUUUGUCGCGCAUUGUUCGCGUGCUCAACAUGCCCGGUGGAAAUGCGCUUCUUGUUGGCGUGGGUGGCAGUGGUCGCCAAAGUUUGACGCGAUUGUCAGCGUUUAUUGUUGAUUUUGAGAUCAAGCAGAUCGAAAUCUCGAAGAACUACACGAUGACGGAGUGGCGCGAAGAUAUGAAAGAUGUAUUGCGUAUGGCUGGCACAGGCGCGAGGCCGCUUGUGUUCCUCUUCAGUGAUACACAAAUCAAGUAUGACGGCUUUGUGGAAGACAUCAACAACAUGCUAAACUCUGGAGAGAUCCCAAAUUUGUUCCCCUAUGAUGAGAGGGUGGGCAUCUGUGAAGCUGUUCGACCUCAUGUUAAAGAGAAGUUUGGCAAGGCGGUGGGAGACAACAUGAACCAGACCCAGCUGUACGCAUUUUUCCUGCAACGAGUGCGAAGCAACUUGCACAUUGUUCUCGCAUGUUCCCCCAUCGGAGACGCCUUCCGAGACAGAUUGCGGAAGUUCCCGUCGCUGAUCAAUUGUUGUACGAUCGAUUGGUUCACUGCAUGGCCUUCGGAUGCUCUGGUGGCUGUGGCCGAGAAAUUCCUGGCUGACGUGGAGAUGGAUAGUGCAAAUGUUCGUAAAGCCAUUGUGGACACCUGUCAGUACUUCCACGUAAGCGUGAUGGAUCUAUCCGACAGAUUCCUAAAAUCCUUGCGUCGCCAAAACUACGUCACGCCGACCUCGUAUCUCGAGCUCAUCGUGGCAUUCAAAAGCUUCCUCGCGCGUCGGCGUGAAGCAGUACAAAAUGCUCGCAACCGGUACGUGGUCGGUCUCGAAAAGAUCAACUUCGCAGAGAACAACGUGGCGGUGAUGCGAAAGGAGCUCGAAGACUUGCAACCAGUUCUGGAUCAGUCCAAAAAGGAUACGGACAUUCUGAUGGAGGAAAUCAAGGCCAAACUUCCUGGGGUCGAAGUUCAGCGAAGCGAGGUGCAAGCUGACGUUGCAGUAGCUGAUGCUUCGAAGGCAGAGUGCGAGCUGCAGAAAGCCAGCGUGGAGGCAGACUUGGCCGAAGCCAUCCCAGCUCUGGAAGAAGCCUUGAAGGCCCUCGACACUAUCAAGCCGAGUGAAAUCAACGAAGUCAAAGCCAUGAGCAACCCCCCAGCAGGUGUGAAAUUGGUGUGCGAAGGUGUUUGUGUGAUGCUUGGAAUCAAACCUGCUCGUAUCCCAGACCCUCAGGAUCCUUCAAAGCGUAUCAUGGACUACUGGGGUCCGUCGCAGAAAAUGCUCAGCGACCCCACGUUUAUCACAACGCUGAAGAAGUUCGACAAGGACAACCUUGACCCCAAAACGAUGAAAAUUGUCACGAGCAAGUAUAUCGCGGACGAGAAUUUCAGCCCAGAAAAGGCUGAGAAGGCCUCGAAAGCAGCGGCAGGACUAUGUAAGUGGGUGCACGCCAUGGCACUGUAUGACAACGUCUCCAAGGUAGUUGCACCCAAGCGUGAAGCGCUGAGGGUAGCUGAGCAGCAGCUUGGCGAGGUUAUGCAAAAGCUAAACGAGAAGCUGUCGCAGCUGAAAGAGGUCGAAGACGGACUCGCCGAGUUGCAGCGGCAAUUCGACUCCGCCACGAAACAGAAGGAAAACCUCGAAUACCAAGUGGAUCUUACUGGCAAGAAGCUUGUCCGAGCGUCCACUCUGAUUGAGAGCCUUGGUGGUGAGAAGACACGCUGGACGGAGUUCGCAGAACAGUUGGCAGUCCAAUACAGCCGACUGACAGGAGAUGUCUUGAUAUCGGCAGGAGUCGUUGCGUACCUCGGCCCUUUCACGUCAUUGUAUCGGCAGGAUGCAGUGCACGAUUGGGUAGCACGCUGCAAGCAGCUUGACAUUCCAUGCAGCGACUCGCCGUCUCUGAAUGGAUCACUCGGCGACGCAGUUCAAAUUCGGAAGUGGAACAUCGAUGGACUCCCCACUGACGGCUUCUCUGUAGACAACGGUAUCAUCGUUUUCAAUUCACGCCGAUGGCCACUGAUGAUCGAUCCGCAGGGCCAAGCUAACAAGUGGAUUCGUAAUAUGGAGAAAGAAAACCAAAUGACGGUGAUCAAGCUAACGGAUGCAGACUACAUGCGAACGUUAGAAAACGCCGUACAAUUUGGCACUCCCGUUCUGCUAGAGAAUGUCGGCGAAGAGCUGGACCCUUCGCUAGAGCCGCUGCUACUGAAGCAAACGUUCAAGCAAGGCGGAGUGACUUGCAUUCGACUUGGCGACUCGACUGUGGAGUAUGCUGAGAACUUCCGCUUCUACAUUACGACUAAGUACCGGAACCCGCACUAUCUACCGGAAGUAUCGGUGAAAGUGACGCUUUUGAACUUCAUGAUCACACCGCACGGCCUUGAAGACCAACUUUUGGGGAUUGUUGUUGCUCAGGAGAGGCCUGACUUGGAAGAACAAAAGAACAAGUUGAUUGUGCAGAAUGCUCGCAACAAGGGCUUGCUCAAGGAGAUCGAGGACAAGAUCCUGAAUAUUUUAUCAUCAUCCCAAGGAAAUAUCUUAGAGGACGAGGACGCUAUCAACACGAUGAACCAGAGCAAACAGGUCGCAGACGAGAUUAAAAAGGAGCAACUGGUCGCCGAGAAGACGGAGAUUGAGAUUGAUUCUGUCAGACAAGGGUACAAACCGGUGGCCUAUUCCAGCCAGGUGCUAUUCUUCUGCAUCGACCAGCUCGCCAACAUCGAGCCGGUCUACCAGUACUCACUGUCGUGGUUCAUCAACCUGUUUAUCGCGAGUAUCCUCAACAGUGAUCGAUCACCUGAUCUGGCCCAACGGCUGCAUAACCUCGACGCCCACUUCACGUACUCACUCUAUCGGAAUAUUUGCCGCUCUUUGCUGGAAAAGGACAAACUCAUGUUCUCCUUCUUGCUGUGCAUCUCCAUCAAGCAAGGCAAACACGAGAUUGAGAGCAACGAGUGGUAUUUCUUGCUGACUGGAGGCGUCGCUCUGUCGGAGCCACCACCAAACCCAGCCAAGUUGUGGCUCAGUGACAAGCAGUGGGCCGAGUUUUCACGAUUAAGUGCUCUGCCAGCCUUCCACGGCAUCAUCGAGGAGUUCAUCGAUAGCGAGGACCAGUGGAAGGCUGUGUACGACAGUCCAAUCGGUCACACCCUCCCGUUCCCCGGACUAAUGGGCCGAGUGAGCGAGUUCCGUCGGCUAUUGGGACUGCGAUGUAUUCGUCCAGAUCUGUUGGUCGUAGGAAUCCAGCAGUUCCUUGUGAGGGAAAUGGGCGAAAAGUUCGUCAAGCCCCCGCAGUUUGAUCUGGCGCUUUCGUAUUCAGACAGCAGCGUAUCAUCGCCCUUGGUGUUCAUCUUGUCACCAGGAUCGGAUCCAAUCAGCUCCGUGCUCAAGUUUGCCGACUCACUUCGACAGAAGGCAGAGACGAUUUCACUAGGCCAAGGCCAGGGCCCCAUUGCUGAGCGCAUGAUCGUUCGUGCUCGUGAGGCGGGAUCGUGGGUCGUCCUCCAAAAUUGCCAUUUAGCGCCGAGCUGGAUGCCCGUGAUGGAGAAGAUCGCUGAAGACAUCAAGCUCGACAACACGCACCCUGACUUCCGGUUGUGGUGCACGACAUACCCGUCCGAUGUGUUUCCAGCAGCGGUUCUGCAAAAUGGCGUCAAGAUGACGAAUGAACCGCCCCAAGGCCUGCGUGCAAACCUCAUGGGCUCGUACAUGUCCGACCCCAUAGGCGAGAAGGGCUUCUUGGAAUCGGUGGUCAAAGGCACCGAGUUCCGCGUGUUGUUGUACUCGUUGUGUUUCUUCCACGCCCUGGUGCGUGAGCGUCGGCAGUUUGGACCGCUUGGAUGGAAUAUUCAGUACGAAUUCAACGAGUCCGACCUUAGUAUCAGCAUUCGCCAAUUAGCGAUGUUUAUCGAUGAGAACGUGCAGUUGCCACUGCGUGCGCUCAACUAUUGCACCGGCGAGUGUAACUACGGCGGGCGCGUGACGGAUGAUAAGGACCGUCGUACACUCAUGUCUGUUCUGGGCAAGUUUUACUGCCUGGAUGUGUUCAAAGAAGGCUACGCGUUCGAUGAGCAAGGAGUGUACACUAUGCCACCUGAUGGGGACUACGACUCGUACCUCAAGUUCAUCGAAGGUUUGCCGCUAGUAGCCCCACCGGGGGUGUUUGGACUCCACGAUAAUGCCACGAUCACGAAGGACCAGAAUGCGACUGCCAAGCUUUGCCGAGACGUGCUACUCACACAAAGUUCGGGUGGAGGCAGCGAAGGCAGCAGCGGAUCCCAAGAAGAGCUGGUGGAGGUCGUAGCCAACGACAUUCUGCAGCGCCUGCCACCAAACUUUGACAUGGAGGUGGCUCAAAUCCGCUAUCCGGUGCGCUGGGAUGAGUCCAUGAACACGGUUCUCUGCCAAGAGCUCGUUCGCUUCAACAACCUCAUGUCGACCAUCCGUUCGAGUCUCGAAAGCCUGCAAAAGGCUCUCAAGGGUCUUGUUGUGAUGUCUGCAGAGCUCGAGAACGUGUCCAAGAGCCUAUUCUACGGCAAGAUCCCUGCUCUCUGGGCGUCCAAGUCGUACCCUUCUCUAAAGCCGUUGGGUAGCUACGUGACCGACUUGCUGGAGCGAAUCGCCUUCUUCAACAAGUGGUUGCUGGAGAAGCCGCCCGUCGUCUUCUGGAUCUCUGGGUUCUUCUUCACUCAGGCAUUCCUCACAGGUGCCAGUCAGAACUACGCGCGUAAGUACACCCUUCCAAUUGACCAGCUAGGCUUCGACCACGAACCCAUGCCGCGAAACGACUACGCGCAACCACCAAAGGACGGCGUAUAUGUGCGGGGGUUGUUCCUCGAAGGAGCCAAGUGGGAUAAAUCCACGAAUGAGCUGGCGGAGUCGGACCCAAAGGUGCUGUUCUCGCUGGCGCCGGUGCUGCUGUUCCGGCCAGUGAAGAAGACCGAAAUGAGCCAGCGCAGCUCGUACUCGUGCCCGGUUUACAAGACGAGGUGCGUCCUGCAACUGCAAUGGAUCCGGUGUUUUAAAGAUAUCGCGAGUCUAACCGGUUGGAUGAUGAUACUUGUGUUGUUGCAUGUUCGCAGCGAGAGGCGAGGCACGUUGUCUACAACUGGCCACUCGACCAACUUCAUCUGCUUCAUCCGGCUGCCGACAAGCAGGCCCGAAGCACAUUGGGUGGCUCGUGGAGUGGCAAUGCUGUCCCAGUUGGAUGAUUAG